UGCCCCGGAAGCUUAACUCUGGUAAGAUGGCAUCCAGCAGACGUAGUCGCGUUUGAUGGAGAACAAACUGGUUUUGACGGAGUUUGUGUGGAGAAACAAGUUUAAAAAAUGUCUAAAGUGCAAAUGCUGAGAGCGUUUGUAAACCAGCGACUAACCGCGGCUGCUGAAGAGAUAUUUGGGCUGUUUGAAAGAACGAUAGCAGAGUACGAGGAGGAGCUUUGUCGUUCGAAAGAGGAGAACGAGCGAGAACGGAAACGACUGGAUGCGAUUUUCAACACUCACAGAGCAGAGAUAAGUAAAGAAGAGCUUCCCCCUGAGCAACAGGAGUGGAGCUCCAACCUGGACCAAGAGGACCCAGAGACCCCCCCACACAUUAAAGAGGAACAGGAGGAACUCUGGACCAGACAGGAUGUAGAGGAACUUGAAGGGCCGGAGGAGGCUGAUAUCACCAAGUUCCUAUUCACUCCUGUUCUUGUGAAGAGUGAAGAUGAUGAAGAGAAACCUCAGUCAUUACAGCUUCGUCAAAGACAAACUGAAAAGAUGAAAACAGAAUCUGAUGGGGAGGACUGUAGAGGACAAGAACCAGCGAGGGACUCCGAUGCAGAUACAUAUCCAGAACCCGAUGCUGUUGACAAGACCAAAGACUCUUCUGAACCUGAGACUGAAGAUGACGAUGAUUGGAAGGAGACCAGAGAACCUCAGUCAGGUUUAAGCUCUUUGACAAGUGCUGUCGAGCAACCAUUUCGCUGCUCCGAGUGUGGAAGAGGAUUUGGCAAAAGUGGAAAUCUGAAGAGACACAUGACAUCUCAUACAGGAGAAAAACCUUUCAACUGCUCAGUUUGUGGCGAAGGGUUCGGACAGAAGGUACAGCUGACACAACACAUGGCACAUCACACCGGAGAAAGGCCCUUCAGCUGCUCAGUCUGUAAGAAAUCUUUUGUACAGAGUGGAUAUAUACAGAGACACAUGAGGAUGCACACCGGAGAGAAACCUUUCAGCUGCUCAGUUUGUGAUAAAAGAUAUUUUCGCAAGGAAGGUCUGGAGACACACAUGAGAACUCAUACAGGAGAAAGGCCUUUCAGCUGCUCAGUCUGUCAGAAAUCGUUUACACAGACAGGGAAUUUACAGAAACACAUGAGAAUCCACACAGGAGAGAAACCUUUCAAUUGCUCAGUUUGUGGUAAAACAUUCAGCACCAAGGCGCAACUGACACAGCACACAAUGACACACACAGGAGAAAAACCUUUCAGCUGCUCAGUGUGUGGCAAAACAUUCAGCCAGAAGUCGGUAUUGCGGUUGCAUAUUAAUAUUCAUACAGGAGAGAAACCGUUUUGUUGCUCAGGUUGUGGUAAAGGAUUCUACCGCAAGGAAACCCUGGUUCGUCACGCGAGAACCCACACAGAGCAGAUACCGUUCAGCUGCAGCUGAUGGAGAGGACUGUGGAGGACCAGAACCAGCCAGCAACUCAGAUCCAGAUCGACAUUUACAGCCUGAUACUGUUGAUAAGACUCAAGACUUUUCUAGGGUUCCCAUUGUCAGGAAAAAAAACUGGAGAAGUAAGGUUUUGGAAAACUGACAUUUUGUUGUUUAAUAAAAUUGUUAAAGUAAUUUUCUGUGGAUAACCUACCAAUGUAAUAUAAUAGCAAAUUUAUUUUCUGUAGCUGUUGACAUAUAUAUAUAUAUAUAUAUAUACGUAUACAUAUAUAUAUAUAUAUAUACGUAUACGUAUACACACAUACGCACGCACACACACACACUUCUGCAUAUGAAUGCAGAAUCUGUAGGCAGCGGGACACAAUUUUGGUAUUGGAAGCAUUUUUUUCGUUUGUAGUCAGAGUAUGACCAGUUAUGUUUGUGCAGGCUUUGGAUGCAUGCAGGCAAACAGUCCAUUUGGAGAGCUAAAGAGCACAUUGGCCAAAAAGCAUUUUUUAAUCAUUUCUCAGUGGGAGCGAUUUAAAAAAAGAACAUUGCAAUGGUGAAUAAUUGUUCAGUUUCUUUUGCUGUUGUAGGCUCAUUCGUGUACGAGCAUGCAUGUUAACCGCACCCUCCCAGUCCCCAACAAUAAUACAAAUACAAAUACUGCCAUCAUA